AUGAGGAUUAUACCAAGGUAUUUGAAGCCCCGUUUUCUGGAGGAUGAAGGAUUUUAUGUCGGUGAGAGACCCCAAGUGCCGAGGAAGAUGAUGAACAAAAUGGACAACCGGCUGAUUGAAGAAGAAAAGGUAUUGAUUCAUGUUAGAUCGAUAAUAAGUACAUUCCGUUACGUAAUCACAAUAUUUUCCAUUUUGUAUUUCAGUAUGUUUAGGGAGUAAAGGUUGACUUAUAUUGAGUGGUUACAUAAUACAUAUUUGUAAUAAUUUAAUCGCAUCAUAUGAGCAGCCUUUUCACGGCUCUCUUUAGAAUUAUGGUUAUGAAACAUGUGUUACGCAAUAUCUAAAAUGAGCACAGGAAUGAGGAGUAUUCAUGUUCACAUUCAGAUUUCAACAAAUGGUGCCUUUUACCAUUCAGGAAAUAUAUGGAAUCGGAUCUAAUGAAACAUUUUAUGCAAUGCUUAGCUAAAUGACUAAAAUGUAAAAUUGCUGAUAUAAAGGCACAUAACAUUUGAUCUGGUUUUAUCUACAGCAAAGUACCACGCUGACCUUUUUCUUGUGUAAGCAAAAGUGAUCAGAGAUGCUGUCCAUUUGUUGUUGUUCAGGGACAGUCCUGGUUUGGAGAGAAUGGUUGCGUGAUUGCUAUUCCGGACCCAAUCCAGAAGUAUUGGCAUUGUAAAGUAGAUUUCCCAUUCUCAAGCCAGUCUCCUUGUCUGGCCACAGUGCACAUAAGGGUGAGUCUGUCCUUGAGUGUACUAUGUGUGAUGUAAAAUGUGUAAUGUUGUACUGUCUUAUGAGUGGAAUGGCUUGUUACAUAUAAAGUCCCUCUUUUCAAAGACACUUGACCUAAUUCCACCUGUCAUUAAUACCAUGCUUGAAGCACCUACAGCAGUCAGUAACACCAUGUCCCCUUACAGCCUCAUAAACUGCGAAGUGCAGGAUCUGUUGUCUCUAAUGCAGAGGCCAGUGCAGGGCUGUGGCAGCUUGACCUGAACCUAGCCAGGCUGAAUUUCACCCACCAUCCCCUGUUCUGUACAGAGCAUGUGUUGGCUCAGAGACUGUAUGAGCUCUAUGAGCGUUAUGAAACCCGUGAGAUGAAGGGUGCAACUACCUUUCUGCGGGAAAAGGUACAACACUAUCAUUAGAUUUACGAUUUAAAUCAUUUGGGGAAAGUAAUGCAGUCAUACAGUAGUAUAUUGUUAAUCUGAAGAAAAAAUAAUUGUACCUCACACUGGUAGCUAAGGGGACUGAGGAAGUCAGAAACAGCCUUGACCACCACUGAUGAAACUGCUCCUGGCUCCAAGUUACGGGAUCUGAGACAGGAAAUACGGUGAGAGGGAUUUCUGUUCUAAGAAAUACGAUUAUUUACUGUACCUAUAUGUUUGUAAAGGUAUUGCUGUAAUGAAUCUGCUCACUGCAGAAAGACCCAUGUAGCACUGAAGAAUGAGAGGCAGGCAGACAUCUCUCUGGUGAGGAACAUUGUUGCUGCUUGGAAGCGCAUCAAAACCCUCAGGGCCAAGAACGGCUAUGUGAGCACCACUGUGAAACUACAGCUGCAUAAGUAAGCAUCAUUUGUAUUGUUUUGACAUACACUACCAGUCAAAAGUUUGAACACACCUACUCAUUCAAGGGUUUUUCUUUAUUUUUACUAUUUUCUACAUUGUAGAAUAAUAGUGAAGACAUCAAAACUAUGAAAUAACACUUAUGGAAUCAUGUAGUAACCAAAAAAGUGUUAAACAAAUCAAAAUAUAUUUCAAAUAGCCACCCUUUGCCUUGAUGACAGCUUUGCACACUCUUGGCAUUCUCUCUCAACCAGCUUCAUGAGGAAUGCAUUUCAAUUAACAGGUGUGCCUUCUUAAAAGUUAAUUUGUUUGAGCAAAUCAGUUGUGUUGUGACAAAGUAGGGGGGGGUAUAUAGAAGAUAGCCCUAUUUGGUAAAAGACCAAGUCCAUAUUAUGGCAAGAACAGCUCAAAUAAGCAAAGAGAAACGACAGUCCAUCAUUACUUUAAGACAUGAAAGUCAGUCAAUUCGGAAAAUGUCAAGAACUUUGAGGUUUCUUCAAGUGCAGUCGCAAAAACCAUCAAGCGCUAUGAUGAAACUGGCUCGCAUGAGGACCGCCACAGGAAUGGAAGACCCAGAGUUGCCUCUGCUGCAGAGGAUAAGUUCAUAAGAGUUACCAGCCUCAGAAAUUGCAGCCCAAAUAAAUGCUUCACAGAGUUCAAGUAACAGACACAUCUCAACAUCAACUGUUCAGAGGAGAACGUGUGAAUCAGGCCUUCAUGGUCAAAUUGCUGCAAAGAAGCCACUACUAAAGGACACCAAUAAGAAGAAGAGACUUGCUUGGGCCAAGAAACACGAGCAAUGGACAUUAGACCGGUGGAAAUCUGUCCUUUGGCUUGGAGUCCAAAUUGGAACCGCUGUGUCUUUGUGAGAAGUGGUGUGGGUGAACGGAUGAUCUCCGCAUGUGUAUUUCCCACCGUAAAGCAUGGAGGAGGAGGUGUUAUGGUGUGGGGGUGCUUUACUGGUGACACUGUCUGUGAUUUAUUUAGAAUUCAAGGCACACUUAACCAGCAUGGCUACCACAGCAUUCUGCAGCGAUACACCAUCACAUCUGGUUUGGGCUUAGUGGGACUACCAUUUGUUUUUCAACAGGACAAUGACCCAACACACCUGCAGGCUGUGUAAGGGCUAUUUUACCAAGAAGGAGAGUGAUGGAGUGCUGCAUCAAAUGACCUGGCCUCCGCAAUCCCCCGACCUCAACCAAAUUGAGAUGGUUUGGGAUGAGUCGGACAGCAGAGUGAAGGAAAAGCAGCCAACAAGUGCUCAGCAUAUGUGGGAACUCCUUCAAGACUGUUGGAAAAGCAUUCCAGGUGAAGCUGUUUGAGAGAAUGCCAAGAGUGUGCAAAGCUGUCAACAAGGCAAAGGGUGGCUAUUUGAAGAAUUUCUAAUAUAAUAUAUAUUCUGAUUUGUUUAACACUUUUUUAGUUACUACAUGAUUAUAUAUGUGUUAUUUCAUAGUUUUGAUGUCAUCACUAUUAUUCUACAAUGUAUAAAAUAGUAAAAAAUAAAGAAAAACACUUGAAUGAGUAGGUGUGUCCAAACGUUUGACUGGUACUGUAGGAUAGGCCUAUAUAUACUGUACAUGCAAAUUCUGGCCAUAAACGUUCAUGUAAGUCUUCGGUCAUAUCACAUGAACAACACACAUCGAGCCUCGUUAUUGUUAUUUUAUUGUGUUACUAUGUCCUUUUUUUAAAAUUUAGGAAAUAUUUUUCUUAAUUUUGUUACUCUGCAUUGUUGGGAAUGGGCUCGUAAAUCUACAUCUGUUGUAUUCCGUGGAUGUAACCAAUCAAAUUUAAUUUAGAUUUGAUUCAUAUUACUUCACCCUCACAUUGACUUUUAAAGUCAUUGCAAAGCAUACAGGGUUUAUCAUCUUAAAGUAGGCUAUUCAUGUGUUCAGCAUUUAGGAUAGGGCAGUUGUUACUAUAGAGAUACUAGAGAACACAUCUCCUGUCUUUACAAUGGCUGCUUCUGUGGCAGAGCCAUUUAAGGCUACAUCCGUUUGAAAGUGUUCCAUUUCUUUUACUUCUAUGAGUGUUAUGACAGUUCGUAAUGAAACUGAAAAGGUGCAUACUAUCACUUAGUGUGUUGUAGUGGGUAUAGUCUGAACAGGUAUAAAGCCAAUGUUGGUGAUUUACUGCCACUUGCAGUUAUGGAAUGUUUGCUCAGGAGUAUAAUCUAUUGGCUGAUCCCUCCUGCUGACCUGGAUGGAAUUCUGUGAACCUUGCUUAACCCAUAGCAAGUUCCAUCCAUUUGACGAAUGGCCCUCAGUGGCACUGCCAAUGAUACCAAAAAAUAUUUGGGUCAAGUGUGCCCUCUAUCCAACUCUAUGGUUGUAACCGGGAAGUAUUUAGAAAGCAGUGCAAUUUAUAUUUUUCAUUGAAACUAAUCUCAUUCACAGAGUGAAGGCCAGGAUCACCGACAGCGCGACAAACAGAACUGGGACAGAUGAGCACAUGAAAGCAAGCGUCUACUCUCUUGACAAUCUCUUAACAUAACUGUUAUUAAUAAACUAUAGCAGUACUGUUUGUAAUAACCUUUGUUGCAUUGUUUUUCGCGUAAACAUCAUAUUGCAGGCAAGGCUCUACACAGAUGGAGACGUAACGAUCAAGCAGCACUACCUGUGCAGGGAGCUGAAGGAGCAUAAAGAAGAGGAGAUAUACAUCCCUCCAGUUCCAGGACAAGAAGAGGAGACGUUUACUGAUUCUGUCAACCAGAAGGCAGAUCAGUUAGAUCUAGUUCCUGUUCUUACUAUGUGUGGCGUGGUCACUCCAACCUCAAGCUGUGCUCCGUAAGAUUCUCUUCAGAAACAUUUAAGCUAGUUGUUUAUUCAUUCACUGGAAAUGUUUGUUUUUAAGACUACCCAGUUGAGAGUGGACAUGGCACUUACUUUGGCACUGACUGAUAUAUGAUCAUGUAUUUUGAUGUUAUCGAUGUAUUCAAUUUGUUCAUAUUUUAUUUAUUUUACAGUGAUGAGAAGGUUAGAAGAUAUGAACUGGCCAACCACAAAGUAUCAGUGAACAUAUUCUAUAAUGGAAAGCAUGUGUCUACGUCCGAGCCGUCCACGUUCGACAGUGACUUCAGAGUUCAAAUUCAACAGAUGUUCAACAUGCAGAUAAUACACAGCCCAGAGAACAUUAUGCUUGAGGUAUGUUUCUCUUGCUGUCAAUAAUAUUGUUAAUUUGUUUUUUGCUUUUGAGAGAUGCUAUAUUCUUACAUUUUUCCAGUAACACUUAAUGUGAAGGUACACUUUAUAAAGAAUGUGUUUCAAUGGGCUUAUAAGUAGUUUAUAAACUGUUAAUAAUUUUGUUUUGUAAAUUCACAAUUGCAGAUUUGUGAGACGGUGAAACACAAGAGCACUGUUGUGGCCAAAAUAUAUGUGCCCAUACCAGACAGGAACAUGCUCUCUAGCAACGCUACAAUGGAGAGGUCAGAGUUCAGCAGUGACAGAACCAUCAAGGCCUACUACGCUGGUGUUGGGAGCAGUGAGUAACGUUGUAGCUAUGGUUUGUGAUUAUUUGGAAGAUGUGAUAUUUAGCAUAGGUGAAAUUGCCACGGGAAGGGGGGACAUGUAACACUUGAUAUUUAGUGAUGAGCUAUCCUGUGAAAGUCUAUUAAAAAAGUGAUGGUAAUGUAGCUCACUAUGUGUUUUUCUAUUGUUGUAUGAGGAUAAUGUCAACCCAGGUCUUUAGUGACAAAGCAAUGGUCUUUUUAGAUGUCCCAUUCAAACUAGAGAAGGAGGAUACUGAGGUGUGCCUCAUAACCUCUGGGAGACUGCUGUAUGUCCUCUCCUGGGCUGUGGAUGAGAGUGGCUUUCCCAUGGCGCCCACUGCCCCACCACACAGACCCAGCUUCACCAGGUGAGUCUGAACAACACCUGACUGACUUCCACAAGGUUGGCCUUCUUCGCACGCACACACACACAUACAUGCUCACACGCACGCAGGCUCGCACAUACACACACACCUCUGUUUGUCUGUUACCUUAUGAAUUGAAGGCUUUUCUUAAGGCUGUCUUGCAAUAGAAACCCUAACCAUGUUACAUUGCCUGUAGACCAAUGGUCAGCGGUCCCAAUGCGAGUAGGCUUGAAUGGAUCAGGGACCUUCAGUGUGACCCCAACCACCCUUCUAACACAGAACUCACAGAACUCCUUAGGGUGAGUGUUAACACUAGACUCAGAACCUCCACUUGUAUUCUAUCAAAAUAAACCCAAUGUUGUGUGGUUGAUACAAAACAUUCAGUGGUUGCCAUGGAUUCGAAUCAGGAAACAGCUGGAGUGCUGAAACAUGAAAGCUUGCCCGGAGCACUUGGUUUGAAGUGGACGUUUGAAGUAGCAUCUCAUAUUGUUUGACCAAUAGGAGGCCUGUGAGCAGAGAGACAGAGCCACGGGUCACUUCCGCCUACAUGCCCUGGAGGAGGAGUUUGACUUCACCACCGAGGAGCAGCUGGAGAAGUCCAGACGCUUUGGUCUCCUGCAGCUGCGGAGCUCUCAUGCUGUGGACGUCAGCCUCUCCAAACCCAUCCCUCUCCACGACAGAGACAUUACUGAAGCCAUGUUCGCUGUAAUGCCCUUUUCAUUAUUAGCCUGGUUCCAGAUUAGUUUGUGCUGUCUUGCCAAUUCCUACAGCAUGGUCAUUGUCAUGCCAAUUUUUGGCUAUACACAGCAUGAACAGAUCUGAGACCAGAGUAGACUACUUCCUCAUCCCUAUAUUCUGCAAUGUUUUGGCUUGGUUUCAUAAAUAGUUUCAUACAGGUACAUACUCUUCAUGCAAUAACUUUGUGAGACUUUUGUUGCUUUGUUGUUUCUCAGGAUUAUGAUGCAUCCCCAAGUCUGUUCCUUAUGGAUGAAGACCCUAUCACAAUGCAGAGAGCACGCUCUAUCCACUACAUCCAAAAGGUACUCUUCUUCCUUCUCUAGAUUCUUUCAUCUGUAAUUAGCAUUUGAUCAUGUAGGUCUGUGUUCACAGCUUACUCAUAUGAUAUGUUUGAUAUAUGAACACGGGCUAACGAGUAGCAAUUAAGACAUGUCAUUUUCGAUUGUCAUGUGAGCUGUAAUUGUUUUUUUAGGCGUUGAAUUUGGCACGAAUGAAACUGUUGAACAUCAAGAGGAAAUACAAGUUCUCUGAUAUAGUCACUGAGUACCAAGAGGCAGAUACAGUGACGUGAGUGUCUCUUUUUCUCCUUCACACCUCUCCGCAUACAAAUGGUGUUGCUGUACAGCCCACAAACCACGUCAUAAAGACAUCUAAAAGUAUCUUUAGCUCUUGAGGCUUCUGCGAAAUGGCAGACAUAAUAAUAAUUGAGUAGGUGCUUCUAUUUGUCCUAUUUCAAUGUGUUUUUUUGCAUAUCCCAUUCUCCCUGAGACACCGUCGGAGAGCGGGGUUGUCACAGCCAGGGUCUGCCAUUCAACAGCCACCCUUGAGCAAUUAGGGUUAAAUACCUUACUCAAAGGCACAUCGACAGAUUUUUCACCUUGUCAGCUCUGGGAUUUGAACUAGCAACCUUUCGGUUACUGGCACAACGCUCUAAUUGCUAGGCUACCUGCCACCAGGCUACAUGAUGAUACAUGUCUCUAUGUUUUGCUCGGACACUUCUAGAAUCCUAGCCUGGAAUCCAAACUGAUAUGCUUUGUUUCACCAUUGAAAUGGAGCAUAUCCAUUUGGAUUGCAGGCUAACACUCUCCACCCCAUCAGGGAGUUCGACUGGGACAUGUUCAGACUGAAGCGACCUCUCCGGCCUCAGCGUGUGAAGACGAAGAUCAUUCCUACCUGCUCCCUCUCAGACGGGGACCUGAGGAUCCGUGUUGCCAUCAACAAUGCCCAGGCCCUGCCUGUUCGCCAGGAGGCUUUCCUCAAGUAUUGAUCCAAGUUCUACCCAUCCUACUACUUUUACAACUACAGCUUCUAACGUCAAACCUAUGCUAUUACUAUAACAAAUACCUCUACGUCUACUAUCAUCACUUUACAGUACACCCAACCCAAUACUACUUAUACUAUUAGCUGAACAUAUUCUCUAUAUCUACAAAAUAGUUGGCAACAACCCCACAAUGGCAGAUACUUCAGCUUCUCAUGCCUGCAGCUAUCCUUAUCCUAAUAUAAUUCUCACUGUACAAUGCGUGAUGCAACGGUCCUCUUAUCCAAUUCUAGCAAAGAUAAUUUUUUUAAAACUGAAUUUCCUCCCCACUUGACAACCAUGCUCAUAGAGAACAUAGUCAAAAAUAGACACUACUUUAUAUUUCCUUGACAACGCAGGUCCAUCUGUGUGGAAGCAGAUCUAAGGAGUUGUGUUUUGUGUACCUUUAGGGAGAUUCACGCAAGAGGCUCCUGCUGUGCUCUGACUAGCAGCAGCAGACACAACAUGACAAGCAGCUCAGAAAAGGCUGUUCUACAGGUAAAAUUGGUAGAGGUAGCACAUAUUUGGUGAUAAAAUAUCACAGACAGAGGUGAUCAGUGUCAACAGCAUACUGUAUAUUGAAACAGAAUUCAAAUUGCAUUGACAGUCAGAUACUACAUUCACUUAUUUUCCUGAUAGCUUUUUUUGUCAUAUAGGCCACUGACAUGACAUGCUGUAUAUAUGGCAAUAUGCUUAUGUAGGUUCAUAACAGUAGGUUGAGUUUGUCCCAUGGUUGUGCCAGGCUCAGGUUCAGCCCUUCGUUGAGGUUAGGUUUCAGGAGACAACGUAUGAGAGCAGCAUAGAACAGGGACCCAACCCAUGCUGGAGGGAAGAGUUCACCCUGGAGUUUAAGUAUGACACCCGCUACUGUCCUAAUUCACUUUUAAUUCCAUCUCCAACUGGUUCAACAAGUGAAUACUGUACAUCCUUACACAUAAACCAGUACUGUUCAUGCUAAUAAAAGAAAGUUUCAGAAAUGUAAAAUGUAAUGUUCUCUCAGAUCCUUAGGGGGUGAUUAUAGCCACGCAGCCCUUUCCAAAGUACAAGACAACAUUGUCAUAAACGUGUUUGAUGAGAUGUCCUUUCAAGUCAUUGAGGUACUGUAAGCCUCAACUAUGAAAGUACAAUCACUGUUCAAAGGCCACUUCAAAUCACAGAGUGAACCGGAAAUCAACAUUCUGUCUGUCCGUCUCCGUCUCCAUCUCUCCCUUACUCUCUUUUUUCUGUCAUCUUUCAUCUCACCUGUGUGAAACCCAGAGCAGUUCUCUGAGAGGCUGUGGCACCCAGGUGUUCUCUGGCAGACAGUGGCUGGGCUCAGUCACCUUACCCUUCAGAUCUCUGCUGCAGCAAUCCAAGGUACUGUUCCGCACACACACCUUCAGGUUCUGCACCAGCCUGAUAAAAGGAUUGAAAGUCUGUCAGCUUUGUCCAACUUGGCCUAGUAAUGUUGAUAAGCUGCUGUGGUUGCUUACUGUGUGUAAUAGAAACAAAGAAGGCACAGUGAUGCCGAAUCGUUGGUUGUUUACCCAAUCAAUUACUGGGAGUUUAUACAUAUACUCUCUUUGUUUUCAUAGCUUCCAGUUUAUUCACCGUUAGUCAGCACCUCUAUACUAAAUAAUGUUCUCUGGGUGGGCGCCAGCUCAUGCUUUUUGUCUUCUCUGCAAUCUUAGAAAAAAGGUGCUAUGUAGAACCAUAUAGGGUUCUUUGGCUUGUCUCCAUAUGGGAACCCUUUUUGGUGGUAGGUAGAAUCCUCUGCAGAGGGUUCUACCCAGAACCCUCUAUGAAGGGUUCUUCAUAGAACCCUUUGUAAAUGGUUCUACUUAGAACCCUCUAUGAAGGGUUCUUCCUAGAACCCUCUAUAAAUGGUUCUACCAAUAACCCUUUUAUCAUCUAAAGGUUCUUCCUAGAACCCUCUAUGAAGGGUUCUACCGAGAACACUUUUAUCUUUGAAGGGUUCUUACUAAUUUUAGAACCUUGUAUGAACGGUUCCACCAGCUUUACUAUUACAUUCUUUAUGACAAUACAUUACAUAUCAUAAGUCCUUUCUUCGAGGGCCUAGUUAUACCCUAACCCAGUUGUGAUAGGAAACUCCUGGUUUUAAAGACCACAUCAGGACUGCAAGUCACAUUAUGCUGGCUUGCAAAGUGAUGUGUAAUUCCUAUUGGAAUCCCGCAACCUGCAUUGAGAUUGACUGCCAGGAUAGGGAAGAUUGGUUAAUGAGACUACCUAAACCAUCUAAACUGGAACAGCCAUCUCAGUAACGGGUGCAAAAAGUCCAACUACUAACAGAUUGGAUUAGUUUAGAAAAAUGUAUGUUAUUUGUCUUUGUGUAGCACAACAUGAAUCAACCAAUCAAUGUGCAUGCAAAAACACAGAUAUUGAAACAAACAGUUCUGAAAAUCAACCUGCAAUAGAGCAUGUUGAGAAAUAUUCUACACAGAGUAAAAAUGACACAAUCACACUAAACUCUGGUUAUUAACACCAACACUGCGGUUAUUUUACACCACUUAGUGUUAAGUUAAUUUAACUCCUGAAUCAACACUAUGUACACUGAAAAACAACACUAGGUAAAACUGGUCAAUUUGCUGUGUACCAUACAAUACAUUGCUGGUUCACUCAUAGUCCCUUCUGUUGUCCUACUCUCUCCUCAAUAAAUCACAGAAAAUACUCAUUUGAAAGACAGAAAAUCAUGGCAAAGAUAUCAACUAUAUCAGGACUGUAUAUGUAAAAUGAUUAAGGUACAAGAUACAUGCACAAAUAUUCCCAUAUAGGUAUAGUUUAAAACAGUCUACUAAAAGUUUAAACACUGAGUUAAACAGUAAUGCUCAGGCACUAUUUAAAAGAAAGGGUUCUUCAGAUGAAAACGGUUCUUGGUAGAAACCUAUCCCUCUGCAAAGAAUCCUUUUGGAACCCUUUUAUCUAAGAGUGGCAUAUCAGCAGUCAAUUUGCCCAUAUCUUAUAUUUUGAUAGGUGUAUGAGAAACUGACCAUCUGUACCCCACCGACCCUAUUGGGCUACACAUGGACAGGGGAAGAUAUGGUCAAUGACCAGGGCAUAGAGAUACCCGCGAGAAGAAAUACCAGUUUCAUUAAUGUCUUCAUCACAUUGGAUCCAGCCAUCUCUCUGAGUGAUGACCAGAUGGCAAAGGCAAAUUAUUUUAAUGUUUAAUACUGUUUAAUAUUAAAGAGGUACUAUGUUUUAAAACCUAUUUGCCUUCAACUAAAAACACUUAAUUGUUAUUUGAUUUAGACUUUUGCAGUGGAAGAUAUUGAUCGAUAAGAUUUGGAAUAUAAUUAUUUUAAAUCAGCAUCCAUUAUCUUGAUGUGCUUAUGUUUAAUGUCAUGGCUACUGUGAUUGAUAAGCAAUUGUACAACUGUAUAAGAACACACAUCCAUGGAAAUGUACUAUUUGCCCUAUUCACAUUUAGGAUGGUGACCAGAAGCCCCUUUGGCUGGUGAGUAUCAGUCCAAUUUGUAUUGCUUAUCCUAACUGAUGAGUCAUCCUUUUCCAUGCACUGCUGUGGCUCCUACUGAAUUCUGUGUUUGUAUCUGUCUCCACAUAGUUUUCCACAGACGAGGAUGAGGACUUGCUGGACUUGACCUAUGAGUAUGAGAAGCAGUGUAAGGUGGCAGCAGGCCGGGUGAAGAAGCGAGUCAUAACCACAGUGAUAAACAGUGAGGGGAAGUUUGUCCUGGCACACCGGUUCUUCAAGCCACUUCCUCCUCCACAGGAAGUUGUACUGGACACCCCCGACAAUAGCAUGUCUGUUCUAGUAAGGCUCCAACAUAACUAGAUCUGGGUUCAAAUACUAUUUGAAAUCUUUCAAAUACUGAGCGUUUGCUUUAGUCUGCCUGGAGUGCCAGAUGGGUGGGGUUUUCCGUUUUUUAAACUUUUAUAGACAAGCUCAAUCAAGCCUAGCGAAAGUAUUUCAAAUUAUUUAAAAUAGUAUUUGAACACAGGUCUGACUAUAACAUGACUAUCAUUAGAAUGAUUAAACCCAUAACGUUCAUGUCUAAAAUAUAUUUGGUGUAGUUUACAGGCCCAAAAGUGAGUCAUUAGCACAUUAGUCAAAACAUUUAGUUGAAUCAUUACACAAAAUUGGUUUGGAUGUACUAACAUUUUCCAGCUAAAGACAUAAACAACAUGGAAUCGUAUGAAAGCACAGUUGUAUUCAUGCUUUGGAAGUUGUACUUAUUUGGAGUUGUUUGGAUGGAACUCAGUUAAUUUGUUUAUAUGCAUUAUAUUAAAGGGCAAUUCCGCCACUUUUCAACCUCAUAUUCAUCAUCUCCAGCGCCAAACCAGUGUCAAAAUAUGUGAAAACAGCAUGUUGCUAUGAUCUGUGGUUAAAAAGAUAAGGGCCUAAAAAAAUGCUUCUCUGUGACAUCAAAGGGUAGGAUAGAUUAAAAGUAACAAAUAGUGAUUUUCAAAACCUGCAAUGAGUUUCUAGCCCAAGGGAGGGUAUUAUGUUGCUCCCCAUGUCACCGCGAAUCUCAUAGUGUUUGAAAAUCUGUUUUUAAAAUGUUUUAACGUUUGAUGAUGUCAACUUUUUAAAUGUAUAUUUAUUUCCUAAGAAAAAUAGAAUUGUGCCGUUUUCACAUACAGUGGGGAGAACAAGUAUUUGAUACACUGCCGAUUUUGCAGGUUUUCCUACUUACAAAGCAUGUAGAGGUCUGUAAUUUUUAUCAUAGGUACACUUCAACUGUGAGAGACGGAAUCUAAAACAAACAUCCAGAAAAUCACAUUGUAUGAUUUUUAAGUAAUUCAUUUGCAUUUUAUUGCAUGACAUAAGUAUUUGAUCACCUACCAACCAGAAAGAAUUCUGGCUCUCACAGACCUGUUAGUUUUUCUUUAAGAAGCCCUUCUGUUCUCCACUCAUUACCUGUAUUAACUGCACCUGUUUGAACUCGUUACCUGUAUAAAAGACACCUGUCCACACACUCAAUCAAACAGACUCCAACCUCUCCACAAGGGCCAAGACCAGAGAGCUGUGUAAGGACAUCAGGGAUAAAAUUGUAGACCUGCACAAGGCUGGGAUGGGCUACAGGACAAUAGGCAAGCAGCUUGGUGAGAAGGCAACAACUGUUGGCGCAAUUAUUAGAAAAUGGAAGAUGUUCAAGAUGACGGUCAAUCACCCUCGAUCUGGGGCUCCAUGCAAGAUCUCAACUCGUGGGGCACCAAUGAUCAUGAGGAAGGUGAGGGAUCAGCCCAGAACUACACGGCAGGACCUGGUCAAUGACCUGAAGAGAGCUGGGACUACAGUCUCAAAGAAAACCAUUAGUAACACACUACGCCGUCAUGGAUUAAAAUCCUGCAGCGCACGCAAGGUCCCCCUGCUCAAGCCAGCGCAUGUCCAGGCCCGUCUGAAGUUUGCCAAUGACCAUCUGGAUGAUCCAGAGGAGGAAUGGGAGAAGGUCAUGUGGUCUGAUGAGACAAAAAUUUAGCUUUUUGGUCUAAACUCCACUCACCGUGUUUGGAGGAAGAAGAAUGGAUGAGUACAACCCCAAGAACACCAUCCCAACUGUGAAGCAUGGAGGUGAAAACAUCAUUCUUUGGGGAUGCUUUUCUGCAAAGGGGACAGGACGACUGCACAGUAUUGAGGGGAGGAUGGAUGGGGCCAUGUAUCGCGAGAUCUUGGCCAACAACCUCCUUCCCUCAGUAAGAGCAUUGAAGAUGGGUCGUGGCUGGGUCUUCCAGCAUGACAACGACCCGAAACACACAGCCAGGGCAACUAAGGAGUGCCUCCGUAAGAAGCAUCUCAAGGUCCUGGAGUGGCCUAGCCAGUCUCCAGACCUGAACCCAAUAGAAAAUCUUUGGAGGGAGCUGAAAGUCCGUAUUGCCCAGCGACAGCCCCGAAACCUGAAGGAUCUGGAGAAGGUCUGUAUGGAGGAGUGGGCCAAAAUUCCUGCUGCAGUGUGUGCAAACCUGGUCAAGACCUACAGGAAACGUAUGAUCUCUGUAAUUGCAAACAAAGGUUUCUGUACCAAAUAUUAAGUUCUGCUUUUCUGAUGUAUCAAAUACUUAUGUCAUGCAAUAAAAUGCAAAUGAAUUACUUAAAAAUCAUACAAUGUGAUUUUCUGGAUGUUUGUUUUAGAUUCCGUCUCUCACAGUUGAAGUGUACCUAUGAUAAAAAUUACAGACCUCUACAUGCUUUGUAAGUAGGAAAACCUGCAAAAUCGGCAGUGUAUCAAAUACUUGUUCUCCCCACUGUAUGUUGACACAGGUAUUGUGCUGGAGAUAAUGAAAAUGCGGUUGGAAAGUAGUGGAGUUGCCCUUUAAUUGAUUUAAAUAGGCAUUAUGUUGUGCUCUUAAUUUUUUUAAAACUCUGUAUAACCCAGGAGAGGGUGGCAGCCUUUGUGUCCCUGAUUCCCACCUUGUCCUUCCCAUCUGACGUUGGUGACAGUGGGGACAUGUGGCUCACCUCAGAGGUAAACAAACAGACCAUGUUGUAGAAUUAACAUUUUGUUUCACAGAGCCAAGAAUUAAAACAUCACUUAUGUUCAGCAGAUAUUAAAUACCAAGAAAAAUACUAGGAAUUAUCAACAUAGUUUGAUCAGCUUGUUGUUAACCCAGUGGUGCUUUUUCAUUCCUUAUUGUACACCUUUGCUAUACACAAUAGCAAUGCUUGGAGCUGGCUAUGGGAAACGAUGUCAGUUUGGCAGUUCUGCUGUGCAACUUCUUUCAUGACCUGAAGUUGAAUGGGUGGCUUCUCGUGGGAACAUCUGUCAUAGAGGUAACAAUUGAAAUGUCCUGUUUAAUGUCCAUUGCCUUCAAAAAGUAUUCACACCCCUUGACUUUGUCCACAUUUUGUUGUGUUACAAGGUGGGAUUAAAAUGGAUUUGUCAUUAUUUGUCAAUGAUCUACACAAAUUCUAACAUUUGAAAAAAAAAAACACUAAUAUAUCUUGAUUACAUAAGUAUUCAAUCCCCUGAGUCAAUACAUGUUAGAAUCACCUUUGGCAGCGAUUAAAGCGGUUAGUCUUUCUGGGUAAAUCUCUAAGAGCUUUGCACACCUGGAUUGUACAAUAUUUGCACAUUAUUAUUUUUAAUGUCAAGUUGGUUUUUGAUCAUUGCUAGACAGCCAUUUUCAAGUCUUGCCAUUGAUUUUCAAGCCGAUUUAAGUCAAAACUGUAACUAGGCCACUCAGGAACAUUCCAUGUUGUCUUGGUAAGCAACUCCAGAGUAUAUUUGGCCUUGUGUUUUAGGUUAUUGUCCUGCUGAAAGGUGAAUUUGUCUCCCAGUGUCUGUUGGAAAGCAGACUGAACCAGGUUUUCCUCUAGGAUUUUGCCUGUGCUUAGCUCUAUUCUGUUUAUUUUUAUCCUAAAAAACUACCUAGUCCUUGCCGACGACAAGCAUACCCAGAACAUGAUGCAACCACCACCAUGCUUGAAAAUAUGAAGAAUGGUACUCAGGGAUGUGUUGUGUUGGAUUUGCCCCAAACCUAACGCUUUGUAUUCAGGACAUAAAGUUAAUUUCUUUACCAAACAGGAUGCAUGUUUUGGAAUAUUUUUAUUCUGUACAGGCUUCCUUCUUUUCACUCUGUCAUUUAGGUUAGUAUUGUGGAGUAACUACAAUGUUCUUGAUCCAUCCUCAGUUUUCUCCUAUCACAGCCACAAACUAUUUUAACGUCACCAUUCGCCUAAUGGUAAAAUCCCUGAGUGGUGUCCUUCCUCUCGGGCAACUGAGUUAGGAAGGACACCUGUAUCUUUGUUGUGACUGGGUGUAUUGAUACACCAUCCGAAGUGUAAUUAAUAACUUCACCAUGGUCAAAGGGAUAUUCAAUGUCUGCUUUUUAAAAUGUCUACCCAUCUACCAAUAGGUGCCCUUCUUUGCGAAGCAUUGGAAAACCUCCCUUCUCUUUGUGGUUGAAUCUGCGUUUGAAAUUCACUGCUCGACUGAGGGACCUUACAGAUAACUGUAUGUGUGGGGUACAGAGAUGAGGUAGUCAUUCAAAAAUAAUGUUAAACACACAGUGAGUCCAUGCAACUUAUGUGCAUUGUUUAAGAUGUUUUCUGUUAUGUGCCCUAAUGAACACGACCCUGCUCUCGUACAAUGGGGAGGUUGUGAUAAUUUAUCAAAAUUAAAACUAAAAACAUAAUUUCACUUUGACAUUAUGGGGUAUUGUGUGUAGGCCAGUGACACAACAUCUCAACUUAAUCCAUUUAAAAUUCAGGCUGUAAUCCAACAAAAUAUGGAAAAAGUCAAGUGGUGUGAAUACUUUCUGAAGGCACUGUAUACAUAAAACAACACAAUGCACUCCCAUCCAAAUCAAUGUAUUUGCAAGUCAGCUGAGAAAAUAGACUACACCUUUAGUGCAAUGUAUUUAAUUGUAUUCAUUGAGGGCAACACAGUAGCAUUCAUGUUUUGUUUUUUCAGGGAGAGACCACGUAUGUCCUUACUCAGGAGAACACUUGGUUUGUGUUGUGGAACCCCAGAGAUGGGAAGCACUACCAGUCAUACGACUCCUUCUGUCCUCUAAAGACUGUCGACUGUCUGGUCAAUGGUGAAAAUGUAAGCGUGGAGUCCAUAGACAUGGAUACCCUCCGUUUAAUUUGAUGUAUUAUGUCAUCCACUCAGAUGUUGUGUAUUUGAGUUUAGUCAAAGCAGAGGUGGUCAAAUCAAUAACUCCCUGUCCCAAAGUCCACUUCCCAACUGCUGUUCCUUGUCCCGGCACAUGCUGUUUGUUAUGCUAUUGUUUACUAUGCUACUGCGUUGUACCAGUUAUUCAAUGUUACAUUUAUGUAACAGUGUCAUGAGACUGUGUUGUGACCUACAAUCACUGUCAGUGAUUGAUACUGCUACAUCAUUAUAUGACCAACACGUGCAUUCUAUGCAAGUCUUGUUCACCAGGCGUGUGGUGCGCUAAAACUGUUGAAAAUGAUUAUUGUCUUCAGCCGCUAUCUUGACUGUCUUAAAGUUUUUAGGUGACAUGUCCAUUGACCAUAAAUGUCAUGUGCUUGAUCUGACUGAUGUCUCUCAGGUGUGGUUCCAUCUCCAACCAACAAGAAAGAUGCCCAUCACUUUUGACGUAUCAAAUAAUGCCACAUGGAAACCCUUAUUCCCCAAAGGAUUCAACUCUGACAAAUCCUCAAUGGUAUCUUGAACUUAGUGUUUUGCUACUGUAGUGUUUUUGACAAAACAUAAAAUGUAAGAUACGGUUCCAAACAUAAGAGCCGUAGGUUUUCCUCAUUGAGAAUUAGUGACAUCUAGUGAAUAGAAGUGAAAUAUUUGAAAGUAGGUCAUAUUUGAAGAACAUAACUUAUUACUUAUAUUGAGUCAACUACGCACAGGAAAUAAAACUGCCCAAGGCUAACUGUAAAAUAUUUCAGCCAACAGAAAUUAAAUACCAUCCCUCUCAAAUAGAUCUGGUCAAUCUCCUUCAAAGAAGGUAUGUUAAUACGAUUCGAUAUUUAAUUAAGGCUAUGCAUUGCUUUUAUCUUAAAUGAAAUAAUUGUCCUGUAUUUCACGCUAUGGUCUUAUCGGUCCCAUCCAUUAAUUAAUGAAUUCCAUUCUUCAACACAGGAUGGAGAUGAAACUGAAGAGUUGUGUGAUGGACUGGAGAAGCCCCCACCCUACGCGCUGGAGCCCCCGCUGUGCAGUCAUGCUCUCUGAGGUCAUGCAGAAGCUUGAGAGGAACCCAGCCCCUGACACACUAGAGCUAGAGAUAGACAGGGUCCUGGACACCAUGAAGGAUUACAAGGUGAAAUAGGCCCACCCGUAACGCUCUUUAAUAUGAAAGGGGAAUCAGAGUGGAUAGUGUUCAUUAGGGACCAAAUGGACUGAAACAGGAAGGGACUACCUGGACGUUUUCUGUUGUGUGUCCUGAUGAACAACCCUGCUCUCGUACAAUGGGGAGGGUGUGAUGUUUGGGAUUGUCCUUACAUUUGAUAGAAAACAUGCAGGCCUUGAGAUAAUCAAAUAGGUGGAUACUGUUGUAAGACUUGCUACAUGACUGAUGACAGUGACCAUUAUUGGGUAUACAAUCAGAAAAAAAAUAUUGAAAAAGGAAGAUUAACAUAAAGUGUUUCCCCUACAAUUUGUUUCAGCAGCAGUGGCAAAGGUAGUGGGGGAAGGUCACUUCUAGUGACAUUAAAAAGGACAGUCUACUCCAAAAUGAAUGAAAAUUGACACCAUCUGAAAUAUAGUUUUCCCUUUAAAAGCAUUAUAACCUGUAGCCCAACUGAUGCAGCAUAGCGGCUUUAAAUAAAUAAGCUGAAAAAGCAUGGGCUGCCCAUCUGCAUUUACAUAAUUGAAAAACUCCAAUAGACUCAAUGCAUAAAACGCUACUUACUACAAAUAUUAGUUGUAAUUUGACUCUGAUCUUGAAAGCGCAUCUUGGCAGAAAUAUAAAAAUAAACUAUGUAAAGGGAAACACUGAUUAACUGUUUUUUAGGUGACUGGCUUUCCCAUUCAUAUGGCCUACCAAGACAUGAGCACAGUGAUCGAGGCGGUCUACAACACCAGAAUCCACAGCACUGAGAUCCCUGGGACAGAGUUUGCUCUCUCCACAUACAUCCACCCAUACCCCAACCACAUCCUGUCAGUGUGGAUAUUCCUGGCAACACUG